CCCCUCGGCGCCGGCAGCGCGGAGGGCUGGGCUGGGCCGCGCCGCUCGCUGCAGCGCUCGGCUCCGCUCCGCCGUCGAGGAGGGAGAGGAGAGGAGAGAGAGGAGAGGGACGGGACAGCCUCGCCCAGCCCCGCCGCCCGCCGCCCGGCCCGCGCCUCGCCGCCCGCCCCGCUCGCCCCCACCGCCGCCCGCGCGAAGAUGGCCGGCUGGCAGAGCUACGUGGACAACCUGAUGUGCGAUGGCUGCUGCCAGGAGGCCGCCAUUGUGGGCUACUGCGACGCCAAGUACGUCUGGGCAGCCACGGCCGGCGGCAUCUUCCAGAGCAUCACGCCAGUAGAAAUAGAUAUGAUUGUAGGAAAAGACCGAGAGGGUUUCUUCACCAAUGGUCUGACCCUUGGUGCAAAGAAGUGCUCUGUGAUCAGAGAUAGCCUGUAUGUCGAUGGUGACUGCACAAUGGACAUCAGGACAAAGAGUCAAGGUGGUGAGCCAACAUACAAUGUUGCUGUAGGCAGAGCUGGCCGAGUCUUGGUCUUUGUAAUGGGCAAAGAAGGGGUCCAUGGAGGCGGAUUGAAUAAGAAGGCAUACUCAAUGGCAAAAUACUUGAGAGACUCUGGGUUCUAGUUGCUAGGCAGACUGUUAAGUAUUAGGGGAAGAUUGCUAUUAAACUUUCCUGGCGGUGAGCUUUAAACCUUACAUUCUGGAAACUUUAUUAGCAAUGCAGGGUGAUGGGGUAUGAACCUGUGUCUCCUUUGUAUCCCUUUGUUGGUGGGGAAAGGUGUUAUUUUUUUUUUUCUUUAAUUCUGUUCAUUUCUGUUUUGUUUCCUUGUGUACUCCAGCAUUGGUUAUAGUCAUGGGAAAGGAAGGUGUCCAUGGAGGGACACUCAACAAGAAAGCAUAUGAACUGGCUUUAUACCUGAGGAGGUCUGACGUCUAAGCAGCCUCUCCCCAUCCACCUAGCAACUGUCUUCACCACCACCCAGUUGUGUUCAGUGCUACCAGACUGUAGAUGGUAGUUUGUGUUUUUUAUUUACCCAUUUCCUAAUGUCAUAAUUCCAGUUACCCUUUGUUCAUUUAUAUGUUAACCACUGUAUGUAACCAAGUCCCAUACCUGGCACCAUUACUGCACCACAAAGAUGAUAUGCAUGAUACCUUGAAAAACUCUUGGGAGGGGAAUAUGCCAAGUGUAGGCUUUGCUUUGUCUUAGCAAUUAGUGUGAUAUUGACAACUAAAACAACUUAAAUACUAAACAAGGUGCCGAUUGUACAAUCUAAUUUGAUCAAUGCCUCUUCAGCACUUUGAGCAAUUACACAGCUCACUAGUCUUCCUUUCAUAGAGCAUGGUUGGGAGGAAAAAAGUGCAUGCAUAUCUUUACUUCUCUCCCUUUUUUUUUUUUUUUAAAAUCCACAUUUGUUUGCUUACACCCAUUUUUAUAGUGCCUGGUUUGUUUAACCAAUUUGCCACUCAAACGCUAUUAACGUUACACUAGUUUUGUCAUUGCACUUCACUGUAGGGUUAAGUCUUUUAUUUUUUUCUUCAUGAUGUCUGAAGCUUGUACUGCUUAACAAGUGCAAUCACAAAACUAUGAAAGGGUACAGAUGCACUUCCUCCCAUGACCUUAAAAACCACCGUCCCGAACGAAUCCCCAGAGACAUUCCAUCAUUGCAAUAGCUCAGGCACUUUUUUUUUUUUUUUUUUUUUUUGCCAGCUCCUGUUCUGUAGUUGAAUUGUAAAAGGCUGCCAUUAUGGACAUUAGAUAUCCCAAUAUAACCAUCUGGAGUGUGUCUGGUUUCAGUUUUUCAUAGGACCAAUUUUAAUUUGCAGCUUGGGGGUCGUGGGGGGUUUUUUUGUUGUUUUGGGUUUUUAAUAUGAAACUGCAAUGUCAUUGUGGAAAACUGCCACCUUCAGCUAUACUGGGAGCUCUGACUGACUCCAGUCUUUCUGCCAGAUCACUUACUGGUAAAGAGUUUUGCUGCUCUGAAGCCACUGUUUGGAUGAAGGUCGGUAGUUUGAAAGCUAAACUGUCAAAAUGAUGCCAUUUCAAAUUUAAAAAAAAUCUUCAUUUGGCCUGUCACGCCCUUGCUGCAGAAAUCAUGGAGUGAACUGCCUUGUGCACUAGUCAUCUGAAAUGUCUGUAACCAAACUCUCAGUUCAGGCACGGUACUAACUUGUAUGUCCAUUUAAAGAGAACUGCAGAACUCUGUAUACAAAAGAAUAAAUGGGAGAUGGUAUUGGUUGGAAUAACUGACUUGGCUGUCUUGUGAUGAAUUUUUUAAUAUGUAUUCUGUGCCAUACUAUUGUUUAAAAAAAAAAAAAUGAACUGUUGCUAUUGUGAGAUGGAUUUUAACUGACUACGAGGGUUUCUUUCGAAUGGCACUACUUUAGGGACAUUCUAGUAUUUGCUUCUAUUGUUGGGCCUUGUGGAUAAUGUACAGAUUUAAACAAAUUCUUGUUGCUGAUUUGUCCAUUUCUUUCCCUGCACUUUGUUACAUCUGGGAUACAGUCUAACUCAUCUGAUUUAAUAUGCAUUUCAAAAAAUGCCAUAACUAUUAAAAACACCUUGUUUACAGACAGAUGAAAUAAAUUUAUUCCAACCAAACAAAAAA